AUGUCAGGAGUGUCAAAAGAGAUGGCAGUUCCAAAGGAGACCCCAUCGAAGGUUACAGCAAAGGUUCUAUCAGGGCUGGAUUUGAAGGAGUCAAAGAAGAAUCUAGGGCAGGUGCUAGCAAAAGAAAAUGGCAAGGAAAAUGGCAAGGAAAAUGGUAAGGAAAACGGUAAGGAAAACGGUAAGGAAAACGGUAAUGAUAGUUAUAAUGGAGAGGGGGAGGAAGAGAUAGAUUCGGUCAAGUUGAAGCUGUCACAGGCAGCGAAGGAGCACAAAGAGUUUUUGAAAUCGCACCAGGUGCAACGUCAUAAGUUGAAGGAACUUGAGAAAGACGAGCCAUUGCUUAUGGAGAACAAGCGGCGUUUUGUGCUGUUUCCUAUCAAGUAUCAUGAUAUUUGGCAAGCUUACAAGAGGGCCGAGGCUUCUUUCUGGACUGCAGAGGAAAUAGACUUGUCCAAAGACAUCCAUGACUGGAACAACCGGAUGACGGAUAAUGAGAGGUAUUUCAUUUCGCGGGUCUUGGCGUUCUUUGCAGCAUCUGAUGGAAUUGUAAAUGAGAAUUUGGUGGAGAACUUUUCUGCUGAGGUACAGGUUCCAGAGGCUAAGUGUUUCUAUGGCUUCCAGAUAAUGAUGGAGAACAUACACUCCGAGACGUACUCUUUAUUGAUCGACACGUACAUUAAGGACCCCAAGGAAUCAGAGUUUUUGUUCAAUGCGGUAGAGACGAUCCCUGAGAUCAAGGAGAAGGCGGAAUGGGCGAUCAGAUGGAUCCAGGACGAGGAUGCCUUGUUUGGAGAGCGACUCGUUGCUUUUGCUGCCGUAGAGGGUAUUUUCUUCUCUGGGUCAUUUGCUGCUAUUUUCUGGCUAAAGAAGAAGGGAUUAAUGCCCGGGCUAACAUUUUCUAAUGAGUUAAUUUGCAGAGACGAGGGUUUGCAUACUGACUUUGCUUGUUUGCUCUUUGCUCACCUGAGAAACAAACCAGACCCCAAGAUAGUAGAAAGGAUUAUCACAGAAGCGGUGGACAUUGAGAAGAGAUACUUUAUUGAUGCCAUUCCAGUGGCACUUUUGGGUAUGAAUGCCGGCUUGAUGAGCCAGUAUGUAGAGUUUGUUGCUGACAGACUACUAGUAGCAUUGGGAAAUAGAAAAUAUUUCAAUGUCACAAAUCCAUUCGAUUUCAUGGAGAACAUCUCCUUAGCUGGUAAGACUAAUUUCUUUGAAAAGAGAGUUUCUGAUUAUCAGAAAGCUGGUGUUAUGGCAAAGUCCAGUAAACAAGAGUCUGAAACUGGUGCUUUCACGUUUGACGAAGACUUCUAA